AUGAAGAGGAAGGGUUCCCAUGACCACCAGGCUGACGAGCACACCCAGCCCGCAGAGAGGAGAAAGAAACCCCUCUCAGACCAUCACACACCCACGACCACCCUACAAACCAACCUCCUAACCACCCUAACCACCACAACUGCAGGACAGAGCACCACACCCAGCCUCAAACCAACCACCAUCACCAUCACCAUACCCCCCCACCACCCAAACCACCUCAAAACCAACCACCAUCACCAUCACCAUCACCAUACCCCCCACCACCCAAACCACCUCAGAACCAACCACCAUCACCAUCACCAUCACCAUACCCCCCCACCACCCAAACCACCUCAGAACCAACCACCAUCACCACACAACCCCCCACACCACCACCCAAACCACCUCAGAACCAACCACCAACACCACACCAACCCUCCCCCCACCAUCCAAACCACCUCAGAACCAACCACCAACACCACACCAACCUCCCCCACCACCCAAACCACCUCAGAACCAACCACCAUCACCACACCAACCCCCCCCACCACCCAAACCACCUCAAAACCAACCACCAUCACCACACCAACCCCCCACACCACCACCCAAACCACCUCAAACCAACCACCAUCACCACACCAACCCCCCACACCACCACCCAAACCACCUCAGAACCAACCACCAUCACCACCCCCCCCCACACCACCACCCAAACCACCUCAGAACCAACCACCAACCACCAUCACCACACAACCCCCCCACCACCCAAACCACCUCAGAACCAACCACCAACCACCAUCACCACACCAACCCUCCCCACCACCACCCAAACCACCUCAGAACCAACCACCAUCACCACACAACACCCCCCACCACCACCACCCAAACCACCACCACCCAAACCACCUCAGAACCAACCACCAUCACCACACCAACCCCAGCCCCCUAUAA